UCGCUUCUCGAUGGAGUCAAGGAAAAGACCUAGAAAAAAGGCCAAUAGAAAAGACCUAAUGAAGCCUUUGAAUAUACUAGGCAAAAGAGUGCUCCAUGUCUGCAGCACGUAGGGAAUGUAAACCAUAAUGGACAAGAAAACCACCAAUAACACCUGGACAUGUGAUCGAUUGAUACCCUCCCACCUCGAGGCCGACCUCACACAUCCCGGGAUGCAUCCGCGAGAGAUCGUGAAUACAAGGCACGAAGGUUCACGGUACUAUCAGAUGGACUGGACUCCAAAGAAUCUGCGAGCUGAGACCUCUUUAGACGCGGUGGUUGUAGCGAAGUAUAACUUGUGAUCAAGGCCGGUUUGACCGGGGAAUAGAAGCCAGCAGUUACACCGGUAGUUGGAACUUUACUGGACUCGCCGGUCAUCUUGUGAGUGGAUGUAGCGGGUGAAUAGUAUGUUAAUGUUGGUGUGUUGGCGGCCUUUCGUAAAACCCUUCCUCUAGCGGUUUCAUCAUCAACAGCUGCAUUUGCGAUGCUCUCGGGUGUCUUUGUGAAAUCCUGAUCGUAAGGAAUUGUUUUGAUUUGGCUGGGCUCAGGCUUGACAACCUCGAUGUCUUUGCUCGAGGCGUGGGUGGUAGCCUCUUCGACCGGCACCUCGACCUG